GCGAGCGGCAAAUUGAUCUUGCCUAGCGUUACAUGGAAGUGAGCAGACAGUCGAUGGCGGGGUCCGGCGUUACGAGGUACUUUGCGCCGAAAGCAAGCAGCGAGAACCAUGCAGAUACCAAUGGUAAUAGUGAUGGCUUCAUGACCGAGUCACGGAAUGGACACCGGAGGAGGUCGUCAAAGGGCAGCAACCAAGCCGAGCACGACAGUCCAGUGCGGUCAGUUCCUCUGGGAAGUCCGCACGACAACCAUAAUGCAUCCCAGGCCAAGCGCAACACCCAAAGCCACAUCUACGACCCAACGACUUCGUCAACUGGCGUGGUGCCAUCCAUGCAAAAGUGGAAAAUGAGCUCGUCGUCGCGGCACACAGACACGAGCAGCGAUGAACUGGCCAACGACAACGACGCCGACAACUAUUUCAAUAUGGACCAGCAGUUUCAGGUGAAGUUGUUGUAUUGCCGCACACCCGAAGACAAGGUUCGCGUGUACAAGGAGCACGUGUGUGCGCUCUUGCAUGAGCUCGUGAUGAUCGAGACACACUCGGAAGAGCUCGAGUACGAGCUAAAGCUCAAAAUCGAAGCCAUCCAGCAGCUUCGUCAGAAAGUCGAUAGCUUGACCGCGCCAGAGGCAUUCCACACGCUCCGGGAAUUCGAAGACAGCGCCGACUUCACAGACAAGACCCGCGUGUCCCAAGGGGAAUCGCACGCAUUAUGCCGAAAACUCGAGGCGGAAGUGCGCAUCUUUCGGGAGCGCGCGACGGCGUCCGAAGCCACCGAGGCCAAGCUGCGCCAUCAAUUGGCCGCCAAGGAAGCCGACCUGGCCCACCUGUCUGAGGCCCAUCGCCAGCUCCAAGCCGAUUUACGCAACGAAGCGAAACGGCGCGACGAGUCGGACAAGAAGGCGGUGGUGUUGCGGGACAAGCUCGACGCGCUGCGCAGGUCGCCGUCGCUCCAAUCGAGUCUGGACGACGCCCUGUCUCAAUCUGCUCGGUUUGAAUCGAUGGCCGAGACGCAGCAAGGCGUGAUACGUGCCCACGAAGCCACGAUCGCCGCGCUGACCCGACAAGUCCAAGGCCACGAACUCACGAUCGAAGCAUCAGACGACCAUCUUCGAGCGGCGUUGAGGGCCAAGGACGCCGAGGUGCAGGCCGUGACGCAAGGAUGCCGCGACGAGCUCGAGGCCAUGGCAGUCAAGUUCAAGCAGUGCGAACUCGUGCGACGAACUCUGCACAACCAAGUGAUGGAACUCAAGGGCAACAUCCGAGUGUUUUGCCGCGUUCGGCCGCAUUUGGCUGCCGAGCGAUCAUCAUCGUUUGGACGACAUGUGGCAGACGAGGUGUAUUUGUUUCCAGAUUACGACAAGGACAAGCGACGCGUGGUACUCGUGGCGGACGCCAAGACACACACUAGCUAUGCACAACACCACCAUAGCUGCAGCACCAGCAGCAGUAGCAACGACAGCAAAAAGUGGGCAUUUGAAUUCGACCAAGUGUUCAACUGCAAUGCCACACAGCACGACAUGUUUCAAGAAGUGGCGGCGCUGGUCCAGUCGGCCGUGGACGGGUACAACGUGUCGAUCCUUGCCUACGGCCAGACGGGGUCGGGCAAAACGUACACGAUGCAAGGCGACGAACAAGCGCUGGCCGAGCACAGUCCAAACCAGUGGGCGCGUAUUCCGGAUUUGGGCAUUGUGGGGCGCGCCAUGGCACAUUUGUUUGCCACGUGCGCCAAGCAGCGCGACCACCACGGAUGGGAGUUUACCAUUUCGUUUGAAAUGUACGAGAUCUACAACGACACGAUCCGAGACCUCAUGGCGGUGCCGCCGUCCAAUCUGGCGGCGAGUGGCGGGCACGACGUGACGCACGUGGCCCAGUUGGAUGCCGACGGCCGCGUGCACGUAUCCAAUCUGACCGUGACGACUGUGCGCGACGAAGUGCAUGCGAUGCAGUUGCUCAAGCAAGCCACGAGUCGACGCUCCGUCAAGAAAACGAAUCGCAAUGACGUGUCAUCCCGAAGUCACUGCAUCACUACGCUCAAACUCACGGGGGUGCAUCCACAGUCCGAGUCGGUGCGACAGGGUGCCGUGUACUUGGUGGAUUUGGCGGGAUCCGAGCGGUUAAAGUCGUCGGGCAGUGGCAACGACCCCGUGAUGCUCAAGGAAGCGCAAAACAUCAACAAGAGCUUGGCAUGCCUGGGCAAUGUCAUCUCGGCCAUCGCGUCCAAGAAGGCGCACGUUCCGUUUCGCGACUCCAAGCUCACGUAUGUAUUGCAAAACACGCUUGGCCAAGACAGCAAGACGCUCAUGAUCUGCACCUUGUCCCCUCUCGAAGAACACCGCGACGAGAGCUUGAAUACGCUUCGAUUUGCCAAGAAAGUCAACACGUGCGAGCUGGCCGCUUCGAAAUGAGUCGCAUGUCGAGUGUAGGUAGUAGUUAGUUGUAUCAAUAGCCAACAAACGAUAGCCCAAGUAAUUUACCACCCCUUUAACUGGUUG